AUGCCUAGGCGCACGUACCUUUCCACCUCGGAGAAUCCGAAGACGGCGCGGGGCUCAAAGAGCAUGUACUUCAAGGAUAGCUUGUCUGCCAUCAUGUGCUGCAAUGCAGAUGCUACUGCGAAGGUUGACAUGGCCAUCAUCGGGAAGGCAAAAGAACCCCGUCGCCUGACGAGCGUGACUUGCCCUCUCAAGUACUUCUCGCAAGCUAAGGCGUGGUCUGAUACCACUGUGUUCCUCAAGUGGUGGCGUGAGAUCUUCCCGUUCGUUCGGCGCCUCACCAACGAACCUGUGCUGCUGCUGAUGGACGGCUGCUCGUCUCACGCUGAUGUAGCGGAUGAACGCGGGCAAGCUACCGUCAAGUUUUGUCCUCCAAACUGCACCAGCGUACACCAGUCCAUGGACCAGGGGAUCAUCGCCAGGACCAAGUUCAUCUACAGGAAAGAGCUGCUCGAUGUGAAGACAUCAACCAUGUUUGUGGCUGAUGUUUGCGGCCUACGCCACUUAUUUAUCGGGUGA